GAUGGCGACGGCAAAGAAGACUGGAAGCGGUGUUCUUAAAAAAGCAGUAAACAGAAGGCGUUCAUCUAAACACAAAGAGGGUCCAAUAGAGCGGACAGGACGCACAACAACUCUGGCAUGAGUUCAGAAGAGGUGAUGGAUACCAAGGCGGUGUUCACUGCCCUGUAUGACGUGUGUGAAGAGAAUGCCACCUUUUUCUCGGGGGUCACUAAGGGCCAAUCUGGGGAUGCAGCUCAGCACCUGGUGGAUACCAUGACCACUAUUCAGGAGCAUGCACGUAGCUUGGAGCCUGUCAUCACUGGAUUUGCUGCCAUCUACCACCAUUUUGACUUUGACCCUCAUAUUCCUGCCAACGGAUAUCGCUCCCUUGUUAAGGUGGUGCGCUGCUGCCUCCUCCACAUCAUCCAUAAAGGACGCGAUAUCACAUCCAACAGACGAAGAAUCUUUUUCCGUACCAGCCAAAAUGCAGUGGAGAUGCAGGCGUACUGCAGCGCUCUGUGUCAGCUCAGGGCGCUGCUCUAUCUAGCUCAGAGACUGCUUCAUGACAACAGCCAUGGCAACCUCUUUUUCCAGGAGGAGAGCGGCCUCAGUCAGAGCUUCCUCAGAGAAUCUGCCUCCAUGCACAAAGGCUGCUUUUAUGGCCGCUGUGUUGGAUUUCAGUUUACUCCUGCCAUCCGUCCCUGCCUGCAGUCAAUUGCUAUAAGCCUGGUGGCCUUCGGAGAGAACUACAAGAAGCAUCAAUCAGGGAUAGUGGAGGCAGGAGAUAUUGCACCAUAUGGUGUAGCAGCCAGUUCAUUCUUAACCUCUGGAAAGUAUGCCAUUGACCCAGAACUGAGAGGUCAAGAGUACGAACGCAUCACACAGAACCUGGAUGUUCAUUUUUGGAAGACGUUCUGGAACAUUACAGAGACUCAAGUGCUUUCAAGUCUGGUGUGUAUGACGGCCACACAAGUGAAGGUGAAUCGAGCACUUUCAGUGCCUCCCAUGGUCUUUGACCUGCCAUUGGCGUCGGAUCCCACCCACAUGGUGACCGUGUCUCCUCCGGCGGCUCAUAUCGGCCCAGCACCUAUCCAGAUGAGACUGAUCUCAUAUGAGCUGAGGGAAGGACAGGAUAGCGAGAAGCUGCUGGCAAUGUGUCGCUCAGAGGGGGGGCACAUCUCUCUCUCCUUGGGCCUGAAGAGUAAGCGCAGCCCUCCUUCCCCAUGGCUGGUGCUGCACUUCCACGGAGGAGGCUUUGUAGCACAGACUUCCAAAUCACACGAGCCCUAUCUAAGGAGCUGGUCUCAAGAUCUGAAUGCACCUGUCCUCUCGGUAGACUACUCCCUGGCCCCUGAGGCACCAUUUCCUCGGGCUUUGGAGGAAUGUUUUUAUGCCUACUGUUGGGCCAUCAAGAACCACAAUCUGCUAGGUUGGACUGGUGAGCGUGUGUGUUUGGCCGGCGACAGUGCAGGUGGAAAUCUGUGUGUCACCGUGUCGAUGCGGGCCGCGUCUCAUGGUGUGCGCAUGCCAGAUGGUAUCGUUGCCGCAUACCCGGCAACCCUGCUCACCGUGUAUGCCUCGCCCUCUCGCCUGCUUACCCUCAUAGAUCCUCUGCUGCCCAUCAGUGUGCUCUCACGCUGCCUCAGUGCUUAUGCAGGCACAGAGCCACAGGCCAAGAAACAGGUGGAGAAGGUGAGCACUUUGAGCAUGGUGAGGAGAGAUACUGCCCUUGUUCUCAAAGACUUCAAACAGGGGGCCUCCAACUGGAUCCAUUCUCUGCUGGACAGAGGAAGUGCAGAUGCUGUAAGGAAGAGUGUAUCAGAUGCAUCUCUGACCUCUCCUAACACAGACCCUCCAGUGCCCACUGAGUCUUCCAAGUACUCCCAGGAGCAAGGGUCUGUGAAGAACCAGACAUGCCAUGACUUGGGCACCCACACUAACAGCAGCACCAGCAAUGUGCAGAAAAAUGCCAGCCAAAUUGCCAACCAGCUUAGCACUACAACAACAAACUAUAGCUCCAUCUUUGACAUUACACUGACACCCGAGAGCCAGCCCGAGGAUGUGAGUUUCUUCCUCUGCAAAGAAGUGGAUCCCGCUGUGUCAGAAACUUUUUCCUCUGUGGCCAUUCCGCCCCCUUGUGGCGAGGAGGACAAGGAGAACCCACGGGAGUUUCCUGAGGGCUUUGAGCCUUUACGCUCAGCGCAGUUAGCAGAGAUGAUAGUGCAGAAUUCCCCCAUUGUCAGAAACCCCUACAUGUCCCCCCUACUGGCUCCAGACAGCAUGCUGAAGGGACUCCCUCCCAUACAUAUUGUGGCCUGCCAUCUGGACCCCAUGCUAGAUGACUCAGUCAUGUUUGCCAAAAGGCUACGAAACGUCGGUCAGCCAGUGACCCUGUGCGUUGUGGAUGACCUCCCUCACGGAUUCCUCAGUCUGUCACAGCUCUCAACAGAGACUCGGGAAGCUACUAACGUAUGCAUGGAGAGAAUCAAGGAUGUUUUCACCAUGAAAGACCCUCCCCCAGAGAUGCGCAAGCACCGCAAACUGGAAAGGACUAAUCAGAAUGCUUCGGCUACCAAAAUAAUCCACACUCAACUUUCAAAAGAGAUUAAACCGGAAAAGGAAGAGGAGUUAGUUAUUGGCAGAGGAGCUUUUUUUGUAGGUGGGGAAGGGCUUGCUGGUUUUUCCCCUCCUACUAAAUCUGAAGCUGAAAAGAUUCCAGCAUAGAUUUUGGCCUGACAGUGACUUUAUUCUGAAUAAUACCAAAAGAUAUGCACAUCCAGAGGAAGGCCACAUAAUGUUAUAAUGACAAUCGGGGCUGGAGCAACCACUGAAUAUAGUGGAAAAGAGUGUAAUGAGAAAUGUGAUGGAAUGAGUCAUGGAACCACUUAUUAAAAUGGUAAUUAUAAAAGACACCAUUAACUAUGUAUUUGGAGAGAGAAAAAUAUUAAGUAAGGUCACACCCACAUGCAUUCCCCUUUCACACCUAUUUUACCACUUUGCCUUUUGUUGUAUUAAUCCAGCACAAAAACAAAUAUCCUGUCUUGUACAAAAACAUCCCAGAACACGGAUGUUGUUGAAAGACAUUGCUAAUAAAUAUAUAAACCCAAACCUUACUCAUUAUAGCACAUACUAUUCUUAUACAGUCAUUGUAUCAACCUACAAACUGUGAUUUAGUUUUAUACCUGUCUGCUAAAAUUUAUGUUUGCAGAGUUGCUCAGUAGAAGGCUUUGCUGCUUGGCAUGCUGAGGCUAACUACGAAAGCAUUUAUUAAUGUUUGAAUUUUUGCUCUUUUGUAUAGUAGCUUUUGAAUUAUUUAGGACAAAGAAUUGUAAUAUGCUGUUUAAGGCUCAAAUGAUUAGUCGACAUUAUUAUCGACAAUGGCGACAAUAAAAAAUUGUUGCAACAUUUUUUCGCUUCUGAAUAGUCGUUCGAUCACAUAUAACGUAACACAAGAUCAUAUGAAAUUCUAAUGAUGACACGUGAGAGGAUUACUGCAUCUCACGACUGACUGAGGAGAGGAAGAAGACAACU